AUGUCAAAGAGAGAAAUCGAAGAAACCUCCACCGAUGAGCAUCUUUCAAAGAAGUUAAAAGAAAAGACUUUGUCAGCUGCUCAAGAAAAGAUGGAAAAGAUCAAGAAGGAGUUGGAUGUUAAACCAUGGACACCCGAUGUAACCAUUCAAGAUCUCAUCACUUCACUCUUGGAUAAGAAUGAUAGAGAUGCAUUCUUUGUUGCAGAUAUUGGAGUUAUCAUUAAACAAUGGCAAAAAUGGGUAAAGCACUUACCAAAUGUUACACCAUUCUAUGCCGUCAAAUGUAAUCCAACCAUGGGUAUUCUCAAGGUGUUGGAAGCAUUGGGAACCAGCUUCGAUUGUGCCUCGCGUACUGAGAUCGAGUCGGUCUUGUCGAUGGGUGUCGAUCCAUCGCGUAUCAUCUACGCCAAUCCAUGCAAGCAGAUCACCGCUAUCAAGUAUGCCCGUACCAACAACGUCAAGUUGAUGACCUUUGACAAUCUCAGUGAGUUGGAGAAGAUCGAGAAGUUCUUCCCAGAGGCCGAGUUGGUGCUCAGAAUUGCACCGGACGACAGCAAGUCUCUCAUGAGAUUCGGAACCAAGUUUGGUGUUCACAUCGACGAUUGCUCCGACCUCUUGGAGAUGGCCAAGGAGAUGAAUCUCAAGGUGGUCGGUGUCAGCUUCCACGUUGGUAGUGGUUGUUUCGACGCCAGCGCCUACGACACUGCUCUCGAGAUGGUCAGAAAGGUAUUCGACAUGGCCAAGACCCACGGAAUGGAGUUGAAUUUGGUCGACAUCGGUGGUGGUUUCACCGGAUCCAACGACGAGAUGUUCGGUAAGUUCACAGAGGUCAUUCGUAAGAAGACCGCCGAGCUCUUUGACAGCAGCGUUCGUAUCAUUGCCGAGCCAGGUAGAUACUUUGCCGCUAUGUCACACACACUCGCCGUCACUGUCAUCUCAAAGAGAUCGAUCAAGCAAGAGGACAACAGACAACAUCCACGUCGUACCUCGAACAACAUGCGUCAGUACAACUACUACUUGGCCGACGGUGUCUACGGUUCAUUCAACAACAUCCAAUUCGACCACGCCAAGCCAACCGCUCUCUUGCUCAAACCAACCAACAAGGCUCCAACCCCAUGCACUCUCUUUGGACCAACCUGUGAUUCCAUCGAUGUUAUCGCCAAGGACACCCAAUUGCCAGAACUCAAGAUUGGUGAUUGGUUAUAUUUCCCAGAUAUGGGUGCAUACACUACCGCCUCUGCCAGUUCUUUCAACGGUUUUUGUCCACCUCCAGUCUACUACUACUGUAACUCAGAGUUGGAAGAUUAUUAA